AUGACGUCCGCCGCCACGACCCUCAAGGGCCAGCCCCUCGACCGCCCAGCACUGGACUCGAUGCUGCGCCGGCGCAUGUUCUACACCCCCUCGUUCGAGAUCUACGGCGGUGUCGCCGGUCUGUACGACUACGGCCCGCCCGGCUGCAGUCUGCAGGCCAACAUCAUCGACGUCUGGCGCAAGCACUUCGUCCUCGAGGAGGACAUGCUCGAGGUCGACUGCAGCGUCCUGACCCCCCACGACGUCCUCAAGACCAGUGGCCACGUCGACAAGUUUGCCGACUGGAUGUGCAAGGACCCCAAGAACGGCGAGAUCCUGCGCGCCGACCACUUCGUCGAGGAGGUGCUGGAGACCCGCCUCAAGGGCGACAAGGAGGCCCGCGGCCAGAAGAUCGAGGAGAAGGAGGAGGACCCCAAGAAGAAGAAGCGCAAGGGCAAGGGCGCCGUCGAGGCUGUCAAGCUCGACGAUGCCGUUGUGCAGGAGUACGAGGAGAUCCUGGCCAAGAUCGACAACUACAACGGCCAGGAGCUCGGCGAGCUGAUCAAGAAGUACGACCUCAAGAACGCCGCCACCGGCGUCCAGCCCUCGCCCCCCGUCGCCUUCAACCUCAUGUUCCAGACCGCCAUUGGUCCCAGCAGCAACACGCCCGGCUACCUCAGACCGGAGACCGCACAGGGCCAGUUCUUGAACUUUGCCAAGUUGCUCGAGUACAACCAGCAGCAGAUGCCCUUUGCCUCUGCCUCCAUUGGCCGCUCCUACAGAAACGAGAUCUCCCCGCGUGCUGGCCUCCUCCGAGUGCGAGAGUUCUUGAUGGCCGAGAUUGAGCACUUUGUCGACCCGCAGGGCGGCAAGAAGCACCCUCGAUUCGAGGAGGUCAAGGAUGUCGAGCUCGUCCUGCUCAACAGGGAAACCCAGCUGUCUGGCAAGACGCACGUCGAGAAGGUAUCCAUUGGCAAGGCUGUCGCCAACGGCACUGUCGACAACGAGACCCUCGGCUACUUCCUCGCCCGGAUUCAUCUGUUCCUCAAGAAGAUCGGUGUCGACCAGUCCAAGAUCCGCUUCCGUCAACACAUGGCAAACGAGAUGGCUCACUACGCCGCGGACUGCUGGGACGCCGAGCUGUUCACCUCCUACGGCUGGGUUGAGUGUGUCGGCUGUGCUGACCGUUCUGCCUACGAUCUGAGUGUGCACGCCGCCAAGACGGGCGCUCCGCUUAUCGUACGUGAGCGCCUCCCGGAACCUAUCACGAUCGAAGAGUACCAGGUCGAGUUGGACAAGAAGAAGUUUGGCCCUCACUUCAAGAAGGACGGCAAGGCAGUCGAGGCUGCUCUGUUGGCUACGACGCAGUGCGACAGGGAAGAACUGUCCAAGACCCUGGAGUCUGCCGAUUCCAUCACGGUCAAGGUUGAAGGUGUAGGCAACGGCGAGGUCACUGUGCCGAAAGAGCUCAUUACUGUUGCCAAGCGCAAGAGAACCGAGAACGUGAGAGAAUUCACCCCCAACGUCAUUGAGCCGUCAUUCGGUAUUGGCCGCAUUCUCUACGCUCUGAUGGAGCACUGCUACUGGUCACGAGCGAGCGAGGGCGGCGACGAGGCCCGCGGUGUCCUAUCCUUCCCUCCUACCGUGUCGCCGACAAAGGUUCUGAUCGUGCCUCUGUCCAGCAACGAGGAGUUCAGACCGUUCUGCCGCAAGCUUUCCCAGAAGCUUCGCAAGAUGGGUAUCUCGAGCCGCAUUGACGACUCGUCGGCAACCAUUGGCAAGCGCUACAGCCGCAAUGACGAACUUGGCACACCGCUUGGUAUCACCAUCGACUUCCAGACCGUCAAGGACCAGACCAUUACCCUCAGAGAUCGUGACUCGACGAAGCAGGUCCGUGCGGAUGAGGACAAGAUCAUCGAGGCCAUUCAGGCCAUGGUAGACGGCAGCAAGUCGUGGAAGGACAUUGAAGCCGAGCUGCCUGUGUUUUCGGGCCAGGAGGUUGAGCUCCCUACCCGCGAGUAG